AUGAAGUGGAACUGUAUUGAAGGUAUCUUCUUUUCUUUUUUCUUUUUUGAGUUAUGCUUUUUAUUUCAGGCAGAUUGAGUCUGAAGCUGUUGCUAAUGAUAGCAAUGCUGAACGCUUUUUCUGCUGGUUUGCUUAUUUUUUCCCUUUAUAUAGUCCAUUCAGAUUUUGAAUGUCAAGUAGAAUGAAGUCAAACGAAAAACGCUCUGUGGGUGGCUCGCUUUCUGAUUGGUUUAUCACGCCAUUAGAGGGUGGAGCUCGAGGACUUGACGUUCGAAAUCUGAGGAGACUAUACUUUUCGUCGAGAGUUUAGCUUCAUGACUGACGCGGGAUAGAAACCACGUCGCGAUUUCGUAAAAUCGCAAAACGCUACUCCGUGACUUCACUUUAUGAAUGAACGAGAAAUACACAAGUGAAAAUAUUUGUUCUAUAUAUUAAUUCACUUUGAUUGGAAGAAUGCGACGAGCCUGAAAAAUUUCUUCACGUUCAAGUUUUAAUUUGAAGUGCCCAUAAUUUAUAGAGUUCAUAUGCUUUUUAUCAGUUUGUUUUUAUCAUAUUAUAACUCGAAAAAGUUCAGACGUCGUAUCAAAUAAGUUAGGUCGAGAUGACGUCACGAAAUAGAAGUUUGCGUUUGAACUGAAAGUGUCGCUAUGUCUUUGCAGAAAUCGAAGAAUGUUAUUAAGAUAACAUUUUUUGUCAUAUUCAGCCGACAGUAAAUAAAAGAUACUGAUGUACCCAAUAUUUAGAAACACACCGGAACAUUUGAGAAAAAAACAUUUUCAUAUCCUUUUUUGCUACAGAUUUGGGGAAAAUUGAUCCCUUGCUCCAUGAAAAGUGCGUUGCGAUUUAUAGAAUCGAAAGAAUUAAUCUUAUUGGAAAAUAAGUUUCAUGAGAAUGAAAGCGUCUAGAUAACGAGCAUUAACUACACCAGCCCUGUUACAAUCAAUGAGAUUCUUCAACUUGCAGAAGAUUGCUGCAAAAGACCCAUGACCGCGUACGAAGCUGAAGAAGGUUUCCCGCUCGAGUGCCGAUUAUCAACAUGUACCGAAGAAUUGAUCUACGCGGAUCGAGCUGAAGUUGGAAAAAAUGUCUCCAAUUUUUUGUCUUCGGUGCAUAAAAGCAGUACGAUCACCAUGGUUGGAAACACGACAUCGUACAUUGUGGCUAGUCUGGUAGAGAUUGUCCACAAGGGACCGGGUACGUUACAUUUAAUACCGGAAAAAGGGAAAUACGGAAUAUUAUAAAUUAUUUUUCCGUUUAAGGCUAGCGAAAAAAUAGUUUUGUACUUAUUUCUAGAUUGAGGGAAUCUGCGCUUACAUAUCCCUACUGUCUCAUUAGACUGUCAAAUUAGGCUUCCGUUUUUGGAAAAGUCAUCUUUUGUUUUUAGGUCCAGCAUUGACAUUGAUGAACGUCAAGUUGAUCGAUGAAUCUUUUGCGAAGUUAAAAACGAUCAAAGUGGACGACAUCUCGAAUUAUUGCGACGGCAGUAGCGAACUGAUCAAGAUAGAAGGAAGUAUCCCUCAACCUAUACUCGACCGAUUGCAAAAAAAGUGGAAAAUAAGGUAUUUUUUUUAGAAUAAUGAGGAGACAAGAAAAAGUAUAUUUCAGUUUGUUCAAAAAUUUCUUUUUCCAAAUUAGUAGAAAAAAAUUGUGCGAAGUACACAAAAAUAAUUUAAUCGCUUCAGAAAAAAAGCAUUUUUAGCAGUUUUAUAACUCACGAAGAAAUAACAUCAUCAAGCUGAUGACUUAUUUGUUAUUUGUUAUAUCUACCAAGUAGGAUCAAAAAUUACAGUCAGGAGUAGCCUUCUAAUAUAUUUUUUUAGAACUAUUAAGAAAAAAAUAUGGUUCAAUAUUCAAACUCUUAUCGUCGGAAAUCAAAAUUCACUGAAAUCAUGGAAAAAUUUUUAAAAAAAUUGUAUAUUAAACACUAUAAUAUUUCGUCAAAGGCAUGUUUUCAAAAAAGUUGUCUUGAGAUUUGAAAAGAGCAUGAGAGAAGAAAUUGAGCGCUUCUGAAAGAUUAUUUCCCUUUGGACAACCUAGAAGCUUUUUAAGAGCAUGAAUGGUUUCAAAGGAAAACUCGAAAAAAUUCUCAGAAGAAGUAAUCUUGUUUCAGACCCUGGCUGCCUGCAAGUCACAUACGACUACUCAGCCGUCAGUUCUCGGCGCGACCCAGCGAGGAGCAGGAAUACCGAGCUCGAACUCUUCCGCGGUUAUCUCCCAAUUGUGCACGCAGAAGAUAGAUGCCGAGAAGGAGAAGUGCUCUAGCAACAGUGAGUUUGGGGAAAAAAGUAACAAAAACUGAAUUUUAGUGAUAGAAAGAUAGGCUAGACGCUUUUGAAAAAAAUGAUUAAUAUAUUUUUGAAAAAAUAAAUUUAGUGAACAUAAUGGGUAUUAAAGGAUGUAAAUUGUAGAGAUUUUUGCGGUGAGAAAAUGUUGAAUUAGCCUUUUUCAGAUGUCAUUUUUCAAUAUGAGUACAUCAUUAGGUUCUUUGAAUUAUCGACCAAAUUGAGAAGAGUUAUCUGGACAUUCCUUCACAGACACGCUGCUGUACAUCGCCUGUGGAGUGAUAGUGGUCCUUCUGAUUGUGAGCAUCGUUUCGACGAUCAUCGCCCUCAAGCUCUACUUCUGCAGCCACAAGAAGGACCGUCCCUCAGCUUCCUUAGGUAAUGGCUUUUGAUAGAAAAAUUAAGAAUUUUGGUAGUUGUUCGCUGCCACAAACAAAACUUGAACUUUAAGUUUCAAAUACAAUUGAUCAUUAAACAACUUAUUGGAAAAUGGAGGUUAUUAGUAGUUAGGAAAUGGGAUUUUUAUUAUAUUUCGUUUUAAUGAAAUUUUUUUGCGAUUGUAGUUUAAGACUUCGAGACUCUUUUCUUAAUAUUUUCGAAAUUUCUGGUCGGUUUUCAGGAGCUUCCGAAAAAGGAGCGCAGAAAAAGGCCGAGACCGCUAAAGAGACGUCCAAAGAGACGAGCCAGGAGAAGAAAUAAAAUCUUCGUUUUUUUCUCUGGUCUCCUUCAUUACUGAUUGCCUUUGCGGCGUGAUUCUUGUCUAAAAUGGAAUGAAUUUUUUUCCAAAAAAAUUCAAUUUUUUUGUUGCAUCUGGGUUUUUUUGGCGAUGAAAAAAACGGAACCUAAAUCACAACCCCAGGCAUUAUCGUGCGGGAGACACGAAACAAAAAGGAUUUGGGUUUCCCCGCAGUUUUUUUCAAAUUUUAAUCAACCUGAACUCAUCAAAAAAAUUUUUUUCACUGAAAAAAAUAUUCCCAAACUGUGUGCCUUUUUUUGAAAAAAAUAACUAAUUACCAUCCUGAUUCAUGAAAAAUAAGCUUCAGAAAUCAUAUUUUUGAUUAACUCGAAUGUCUAACCUUUUGAGACCUCAAUAACUCUAGUGAAGCGUUAACUGACAGAAAAACUCAAGCCUUUAGCACACAAUUUGGGAAUAUGUUUUUCAAUUAAAAAAUUGUCGAUGAGUUGAAUUUUCAAACUUUUGUUGAGUUCAGGUUGAUUAAAAUUUGAAAAACUUCGGGGGAAACCCAAAUCGUUUUGUUUCGUGGCUCCCCCUUCGUGGCUCCCCCAUCGGCGGAACGCGAUGCUGAGCAGGGUAACCCAGCGGUGCUAACACGGGGUCUCAGCGGGUGCCCCCGUAUUAAGCCCGUAUAAGCACGGUUGGUAGAACUUUUGGCAACACGCCUCAUCGGCUCCCUUGUGAGUUUCCUUUAGGAACGCCGUCGACGGUGAUUCUCCAAUCUCAAUCCAUUCUUUGACUUUUUUUUCUAGGUUUCGUAUCAGAAAAGAUUUAAAAAUUCGGCGUUAUUAAAUAAUUAUCGUCGCACGCGAUGAGGCAGUGCUCGCGGAGGAAAAAUUAUAGCUGAUUGACAUACUCACCCAAAAUUUUGUCGACGAGCAGGAUCUCUUUCCGAUGAAGCCUAGUGGAUGAAAGGCCAGUUUCAGUCUGUAGAUGUCAUGAGGUCGGCUCCUCUCUACAGAAGAGUGUUCGAAAUCUUCAUUGUGUAAUGUUUGAAUUUUUUAAACUCAAAGUCUAGGCUUUUAUCUUCUCUAUUUGCAAUAAUGUCAAACAUAAGCAUUAGUAUAAGGGUAACAAUAUACAGGGGUUAGCAUAAAACUUCUUUUUUGGCUUAUAUUUUUCUUUCUUUCGCCCUAAAAUAAGUCUGCCCAUGUAUGAAUGAAAUAAAAAAAAUCACGAAAGUUUAGGCGCCGAGGGACGGUCGCCCACAAAUUAUCAACGAUUCGAUCGGCUCCACCGGUCCUGAUUCCUGGAACGGGUUGAACCAGUGAAAAUAAAUUUGAAAAACAACAACAAAGGACUGAAAAGACCUCGAAAAGAGACAACUGGUGUAGAAAAAAAUUUUUGGAUUAGCACGAAACAUCUUUUUCUUUUUUUUCUUGUUCUUGUUCUUCUUUCGUUUUUCUUUCUUCCUUUCGAUGACUCUUUUUUUGAAAUAUGAAACCUGAAAUUUAGAAAAAAUGAAGAAAAAUGUCGAAAAAUAUCUUGAAAAAAAAAUUAAAUAAGUUACAUAUCGUUCACGCUUACUAAACUUUUCCAACCCCUCUUCCGCUUAAUUAUUUUCUGGAGUUUUCUCAAGGAGUUUUCUCUCGCCGGAGGGGAUCGGCGAAGGGGACCACCUCCUCGACGGCUUUUUUCCGACCGGCGGAAUCCCGACGGACGCCUGCAGGACCUACGGACUGGCCCGAGUUUCCGAGAACUCUGCGAAACUGUCCAAGACGCUCCGAGUUUCCUCGAUGCCUUGA